UUUCAAAAUCCGCCGCAGAAGCCGAAGCCUCGUCCCCAUUUGAAAUCCACCGCAGUCCAGAAGGUUCAGCUCGUCGGAGAAGAUGGCCGGGAGGAAGGCCGGAGGGGAGAGGAAGAAGGCGGUGUCGCGGUCCGUCAAGGCCGGGCUAACGUUCCCCGUCGGCCGCAUCGGGCGCUACCUCAAGCACGGCCGCUACGCCAAGCGCGUCGGCUUCGGCGCCCCCGUCUUCCUCGCCGCCGUCCUCGAGUACCUCGCCGCCGAGGUCCUGGAGCUCGCCGGGAACGCGGCCACGGACAACAAGAGGAAGAGCAUCAUGCCGCGCCACCUGCUGCUCGCCAUCCGCAACGACGACGAGCUCGGCAAGCUGCUGGCCGGCGUCACCAUCGCCCACGGCGGCGUGCUGCCCAACAUCCACUCCGUGCUGCUCCCCAAGAGGGCCGCUGAGAAGGCCGCCGCCGCCGACGACGAGAAGGAGUCGCAGUGGCCCAAGAAGAAGAAGACCGUUACAGGUUUGUCCUAUGACACCAAUGAAAUUGCUCUGAAGGAUGCAUUCUCUCAGCACGGUACUGUUACCGAAGUGAAAGUAAUAUGUCAUCCUGUGACGGGGAGAUCGAAAGGAUAUGGGUUUGUCAAGUUCUCUUCAGAAAGUGAAGCUGCUGCAGCAUUGGAGAAGAUGAGCAAUGAGUUGCUCGACGGAAGGAACAUACGUGUACACUAUGCAAACAGCGGAUAAUCUGCGGCUGCUGUUGAGAUUGGAACUAUGAAACGCCAGUGUUCCUUUUGUUGACAAGCAUGUCCUGAACCUUAGCUUUGGUCAAGUGAAUUCGGGUAUUCCAGAAAAUCCACAUCACAGUCAGUUGAUGUUACUUAACCUGUUUAGUUCUUCCUUCUCUAGAGCACAUGUUUACCAGUGAGAUGAUUUGCACUUGGAACUGGAAAAAGGGGGGAAGUGCACUGAGCACAUGUUUACCUUCUCAGGUUUUGGACUGUAGACAAGGCAACAUUUUUUAAAAACCAAAGCUGCCUCUUAUUUUUGUUCUGAGAUUGCCAACUCUGCUUUGUGUCAUAGAUAUAUAACUGUCAGUGGCUUAAGCAACAGGAUGAUUGAUUCAGCACAAAUGGGUAAAAAAAAAAUACCAUAAAUCUCAUAUUCAGCGCAACCAGCCAAGAAUAUUACAUAUGGUAGCUGGAAAAAGAAUGCCUUCUUUACCUGGCCUAGUGCCUUAAUUCAGGCUUGAGAUGAGCUGUAGCUCAUGAUAUACUAGAGUAUAUAUAUAUGUAGGAAACAGAAAA